GGUUUUAGGCCAAAACACUCAUGUGAAAGUACUUUUAUUUCUCUACUAGAUAGAUGGCUUAAAAAUAUUGAUGAAGAUUACAUCUACAAUGAUACCUUUACUAACCUUCCUGCUGAUGGUCCAUAUUUCACAAGCUAAUAAAGAAACCGGAAGCUGCAAAGACAUCUUACAUGGCUUCCUGUCUGGACAAUUGUCGUCAGCUCUCGGAGAUUAUCAGGUUGGAGCUCUGAAGCAGCAGUUUGAAAGUUUCAAAAAUACCAUGGAACGAUCUAUGAAUACAUUCAAAGAACAAUUGAAAGCUGAUUUUGAAAGAAAAGGAAGAAUAAACAAAAGCGUCGUCUAUACAAGAUGGGGAAAGAAGACAUGUCCCUCGAAUGCUGAGCUGGUUCUCUCUGGAUUUACAGCUGGGUCACAUUAUACUCACUCGGGAGCAGCUGUUGAACCCCUAUGUCUACCAAGAGAUCCAGAAUGGGGCCAGUACAAAGAUGGAACUGACGGAGGUAAAGCUUAUGUAUUUGGAGCAGAAUACGAAACUAGCGAUUCUCUGAGUAGCUUGCGCAAACUCCAUCAACAUGAUGUACCUUGUGCUGUCUGCCUGGUCCAUAAUAGAUCCGUUUUAAAAGUAAUCCCAGCAAGGAAAACUUGUUACAAAGGUUGGAAAUUGGAAUAUGAUGGAUAUCUAAUGGCGGGGUAUCAUGGUUAUGCUGCUGCCACAACGUACACGUGUGUGGAUAGGAACCCUGAUACUAUAACUGGAGGUCAUUCUAAUCACAAUGGUUAUCUCUUCUAUUCCGUGGAAGCAAUAUGUGGCUCGUUGAAAUGUCCACCAUACGUAAACGGACGGGAACUUGUAUGUGCUGUCUGUUCAAAGGCAUGACGAUAGCCAUAAAGUGUAAAAUUGAAUAAAAUAUAUACUUUC